CAUAAACUCACAUAAAUGUGUAUACUUAUGUUGUUUAGACUGCAUAUAUAUACAUGCAUAUAGUGGAUAGCAUGCAGCGCACACAUACAGGAAAACAUAAGUUGAAGAGAUGAUGCGGCGAGCGUUUAGCCUUGCUUUGGAGAGGCAAUCGGGAGUGAACAUUGGUGGGGGGCUGUUUGCGAGAAGUCCGGUAAACAUACAGAUAAAUUUAAACAAUAGGUUACAUCGACAUGUAGCUAUUAAAUUCGAGCGAAGGUGUUCAUCGCAACAGGCAAGUCAUAUGGCAAAUGCGAGUCAUAAUACGAAAGAGAAGAGUCAAACAACACAGCAUAGCCAUACAACACAGAAAAGUCAUACUUCGGAACAGAAAAAUUAUAUAUCGAAGCAGGAAAGUGCUGCUAUGAAAAAAAGAGACCCUUCAGUGUGGCUCAAUCGUAUCUUAGAACAGCAAAACGUACAGAAGGUACGCAAAGUGGAUAAAACAUUCAGCCAGCUUGAAAAUCAUCCAGCCUAUAGCAAGAGGCUCCUCCGACACUUGCAAGUAUUGAAUUAUCCGCAAGCCGACACCUACUACACGCACGUAAUAAAAGCGCAUGCAAUCGCGGGAUUAACUCGUGAUGCGUUGGCUCUGGUUGAUGAGAUGCAGGAGAGAGGCACACAGCCUACUUCAAGAACAUAUUGGGCUAUAACGGUCGGUCUGGCACAUAGUAGUGAGGAUAUACUUACUAUAGCGCAAGACCUGGAAACACGUAUGAUAGACAUAGGUUACCAGCCUACAGCGCGUUUCUACCAAACACUUGUGAACACCUUCAUAAAGAAGCGCAUGUCGCGGGAUGCUAUCACUCUUCUACAUCGUAUGCAAUGGUCAGGUCUUAACGAUGCCGAAGUUAAAGAUAUGAUGUAUAGAGCCUAUCACGGAAUUCUCAUAGAUACCUUCGGCUCACUUGCCAUGUCAAAGUUGGACAGUGAAGACCUGAUGGGUGCAAAUGUGGCUACACGAUAUAUCACAGUGUUGGAUGAGAUGGUCGAGACAGGGCUUGCUCCUACUGUGGCCACUUAUACUGUGAUAUUCAACGAGUUGUUCUACUUACGGGGAGAUAGAGUGCAGGCUACGAAGCUGGUAGAAGACCAUAUGUAUGGCGCACAGACAAUAACACCCGACAAAAAGUGCUACGACAAUUUGAUUCGCCUGUACGACCGAUCACUCGAAUGGCAGAGGUGUUUGCGGGUGCUACGAAGCGCACAGCAGGACGGACACCAUAUGGAAAGGUGGCAUUAUAACGCAGUUAUAUCCACGCUGAGAAAGACGGGAGAUAUAGAAUGUGUCACGAAGCUUCUCCAUGAGAUGAAGGUGUAUGGCUUGACGCCCUCUACACUCACCUACACACUCGCUGUCGGAGUACAUCAUGUACAUAAGGAAUGGGAAGCUGCCUUAGAGCUUUGUAACAAAGUAACCGACCCCGACGCGCUACUCUACAACCGAACUAUGGGUGUGUGCUGUGCAGCCGGACAGCUUGACGCAACGCUGCAAUUGUAUGCUGAGAUGCAGAAAAAGGGUUUGAAACCUGAUCAUCGCACGUACCGUAAUCUGUUGUGGCUGUAUGGGGGCAAAGGCAUGUAUGUAGAAGCCCGGGAGAUAUUCGAGGUCUACAAGAAGUAUGAUGCACGUGCUGGCAAGGAUGUAUGUGAUACCUCGCGGUAUCACCAUCUAGAUCGCCGAGAUUUCCGGAGUUUGAUGCUCGCGUACUCAAAUGGCGGUGCGUAUGACCAGGCCAUUGGCGUCUUCCGGGAGAUACGAACAGCGGGUCUCGCUCCCGGCACCAGUGAGUAUUCUGACGUUAUCCGUGUGUGCAGUAAGGCGGGGAAGUGGCAAUUGGGAAUGGAGUUUAUGAGAGAGCUGUCUCGAUUAGGCGUGCGAUACGUGGGUGAGGAAGGCACGACGCUGGAGGAAGUCCGUAUCCAGCGGGAAACGCUGAAGCAAGAGAGGACCAUACAUUUGGGGAAUGUCACGUACAUGCGUAUGUUUGAGGAGAACGGGCUAGAACGAGCUUCUGAUCAGAUGUACGGACAUCUCACUGGGCGCGGGAAGGCGUACUGGGAAAUGUGGUCUGCGAUGCACAACACCGGUGUGCUGGACGUACACGAGCAUACGCUACACAUGGUACCCGUGCUGGUGAAGAGAUGGCUCAGCGUGCUCAAAGAUCAGUACGCAACCGGCUCGAGCGAUCCGUACGCACAGGCACAGCACAGUGGAGAGACUGGGAGAAAUACGGGUCUACUGAGAAUGCCUCCAUUCUUCGCUUUCGCCGCGGGGCUGGGCAUAGGUUCUGCAGUGGAGGGUGCAGUUUUGGGCCCUCACUUGGAGGCAGAGCUUCUAAAGCAAGACCCACCUAUCCAUUGCGUGGCGCAUCGGCUGGGAGAGGUUGUUCCUGAGUCAACGGAUGUGCAACGAUGGCUGGAUUGUAAUCAGUAGGUGCAUCUCAGCUAUAUACAUUCGCGAAUAGACAUUCCACAAACGCUCUUGGCAUCUGAUGUCUUGACCUGGCAUGUUUUCCAAUAGACUAUCCUCGGACGAAGAGUUCAAUGUAUGUCCGACAAUCCAAAACAGCAAGCGCUGUAUCAAUUGCGCAGUUUCAUUCUGAGUGCGGAUUCUGAUUGAAAAUUUAGGGAUAUCGCGGAUUACAAGAGAAACCUACAUGGCUUUUGACAUGGAUGAGCUAUAGUCAUAUAGAUUUACUGCAAUUACUUGUCUUGUAGUCACUGUCCGGCUGUGCCACAACUUCGCUUCAGAAGUUUCGAAUUGGUGUACGAAGAACAAUACCAAAUGAAGCAGCCGUCUGUACUUGUAUUCGAUCGCAUGGGUAUAACACCGCAAGCUUUCACCAAUGAUAUCGAACAUCCCACGCGUCAUCGAAAGAAAUAAGAUACCAGAUACCAAACUUGAACUGCCAAUAUAUAUAUAACAUCAGAU